CCCACCCUUUAUACUUAGUUGUAACUUCGUUCAAAUCUCCAUGCCUCUCUCUCUAUCUCUCUUUUACAGCCACUAAUACUACUGCAAUCUUUCUCUCUUUUAACAAAAAAGUGACAACGACGCCAUGGUGUGAAGAUGGUUGCUUAUGCUCUUCUCUUCUUCGGUCGCGACUCUUGACUCAAGGGAUUAAUUUGAUUUUGCUUUCUCAUCAUAUCUCUAGAUUCCAUAAAAAUGUCCUGAAUAAAGGUUUUCUUGGGAUUCUUGGUUCAUUUCUCAAAAAAGUCUUGCGCCUUUCUUGGUAAAUUAUUAGGAGCUUCUUCCAGCAGCUUCUGCUUAGCAUUCUCCUUUUGCUGUAAGAUUUUUAGACCAAUUCACCACCUCAGCUUAAAGGGUUUUUGUUCUCAAAGUCUUGAAAGUUUGCUACAAAGUGAAUCCCGCUGAUUUUUCCUGGGAAAAGAAAGGAAAAACGGAUUGUAGAGAGUUGGUGGAUAUGAAUAAUUCAUCAGCAAUGGCAACAGUCCCUUCGGCUUCUGAAGAAGCUAGUGUUUCCUCAGCUGGCAAUCCAAUGAUAGCUGCUCAAGUUGGACCCGUCAAGAAAAAGCGUAACCUUCCUGGAAUGCCAGAUCCAGAUGCAGAAGUGAUAGCCUUAUCACCAAAGACUCUCCUAGCAACAAACCGAUUUGUAUGUGAGAUCUGCAACAAGGGUUUCCAAAGAGACCAGAAUUUGCAACUACACAGAAGAGGCCAUAACUUGCCAUGGAAACUCCGGCAGAGAAACGGGAAAGAAGUUAAAAAGCGCGUGUACGUCUGCCCUGAAGCAACCUGCAUUCAUCACGACCCCUCCAGAGCACUUGGGGACCUAACUGGCAUCAAAAAACACUUCUGCAGAAAACACGGCGAGAAGAAAUGGAAGUGUGAACGGUGCUCUAAGAAGUAUGCCGUCAUCUCCGAUUGGAAAGCGCACACGAAAACUUGCGGCACCAGAGAAUACCGCUGCGACUGCGGCACCCUAUUUUCCAGGCGGGAUAGCUUUAUCACGCAUCGGGCGUUUUGUGAUGCCUUGGCGCAAGAGAGCGCGCGGUCCCAAACCCAAACUUUGGCUAUAACUAAUGAGGAGGGAACGUUGAAGGUCCAGGCUCAGACGACGACGACGAGGACGUCGUCAUCGAGUCCUCCACCGCCUCCGCUUACUCCGUCAACUGGCGUGCUGUCUCCGGUUUUGUCUAUUCAUAGCUCAGAAAUGCCGGAAAAUCUGAUUGGCCGUUCACAACCACAACCAGGAACGCCUCAGCUAUCCGCUACAUCUACCACCUCGGCAGCUGCAGCCACUGCCGGCAACUCUUCCUCGCCUUCCGAUGCUAACGUCAGUAGCACCACUGGUGUAUUUGCUAGUAUACUCGGAGCCUCAGGCUCAGCUGGGCUGUCGCGAUCUUCGCAGUCUCCUUCAUCUUUCUCUGGCCUACUGUGUGCGAUGGGCGGACCAGAGCGAUCUGCUGUCGAACCCAUAUCGCUCUCGUUGUCCUCUUCGCUCUACCUCUCCAACCAUCCAUCCACAUUGUUCCCAAGCACGCCCCAGGAUCAUCAUCCUAGGCACUAUUCGACGAACCCUCAGCCGGCAUUGUCUGCAACUGCAUUGCUUCAAAAAGCAGCUCAAAUAGGCGCGGCAUCAUCAGGAUCAUCUUUUCUUCGCGGUCUCGGUCUGGCAAUGCCAUCCUCAUCCGACCUUCAAGAUAACUGUGCUAGUCCAAGCACCGCCACCGCCCCCGCCACCGCUAGUGCAUCUGCAUCCACUGCAAAUUGGAUGAUGAGAAAUGUAAAGCCAGAGAACGGUUCAGUUGCACCUGGGCAGCUUGGACUAGGACUAGCUUCCGAUCAUGCUGCUUCUGGUUUAACCGACCUAAUGAUGGGGCCACCAACAAUCUUUGGUGGCAAGCCCACCACACUUGAUUUUCUUGGCCUGGGAAUGGCUCCCGGUGCUCCAUCUUCGGAUGGGAUAUCUGCAUAUCUGAGUUCAAUGCGAGGAGGGGGUCUUGAUGUUGCGGCUGUGGCUGCAACCUCAACAUUUGGUGGGAUUAACUUGGGUGGCAGCGGUUGGGAUGAUUCUUCUGACAGGAAGCCUACUUUACUCUAAGCCAGAAGUUCCUUGUUUAGUUAAUUAAUUAGAAGCUCUCUAUCCGUCAAUAUCAUAUCACUCUCUUGUUUAUUUUUUAACUCGGGGAGAGGUUUUUUUGUUUAUAUUUUAUCCGUAGUUGCUUCCAUAUAUAGAUAUAUAAUCUAUAUUUUGUAAUGUAUAUGUAUGAAUGUAGGGUAGGCAUGAUCAUGAAACUCCCUCUGCAGUUCAGUUAAUUAUACUUCAGUCUUUUUUUUUUUU